UGCUAGCGGCAUAAACUAGAAAACAAGUUUUUCAAAAGGUAAACAAACUUUCGCAUGAAAUGGUUGGGCCAGCGGGUACUCUUCAAAACAACGGAAAUUCUGACGAAGAUGAGGAUGUACGAUCGGCACCCACUUCCACGUUGGUGCUGGACGCCAAGCGAAAGAGUGCUUUUCUGCCGUACCGUCCACAGUCCACAGUUCUCACAAAUCUACAGCGCGGCAACACGGAGGCCACCUUUUGUCCUGUCGAGGUCUCGCUAUCCUUCCAUGAACGCGCCGGCCAAGGAGAGAUCACAGACGAGCAGGUGACAGCGGAAAGAGGACGUCUUGCAGAUAUUGACUUCAAGGACGGGCAUGGUUUCACCGCCCUCCAUUGGGCUGCAUCCUAUGGACAGUUGGUAUCAGUGCAGCUUCUGGUUGCAGCUGGCGCCAACGUAAAUUUCAUGGCACCAGAUCUAGUCAGUCCUCUCCUCUUGGCAGCCGCCGGCGGGCACAACGAGAUUGUUCGUUUUCUGUUGGAUCACGGAGCGGAAUCGACGCACAUGGACAUUAUGGGAAACACAGCGCUUAUGUACGCAGCUGCUGGAAAUCACCCUCAUACCUGCAACGAGUUACUGGCCAGGGAUUUGGAUCUGAGUGCCUCUAAUGAAAACGGGGACACGGCCUAUUCUUUGGCGGUGCAGAAUGGUGCUCACCUGGCUCAAGCUCUGUUGGAGCAAUACAUGACGGGUAUCAUUACGGCGGGUAUUACUUUAUAAUUAAGAUGGGCAUUAAUUUUUAAGUUAUAAAAGUCAAUUUGCAAUUAAAGUUCAACGAGAUCUAUACGUAUUCGUAAAGAUUUCUUAUAUUUCUUAUAUAUUCUAAAA